CAAGAUGCCGUAGCCUACACUUUCACGUGCAGUGCAGACACUCCAAUCUUAAUCAUCACGACCAACUCUUGUGAGAAGAUUUUUUGAAGACGUCAGGUUUUUGUAGACUGUGAAAACAGGGCAUUCUUCGUGUUGUCACUAUGCAGAUGAUAGAGCGUGUUUGUCUGCCUUAAUGCUAUUUGGUCACUCAGCUGCCGUAUACAUUGAGAUCAGCAGAUAGAAGCUUGCCAUUUGCGGAUAAAAGGUUGGCAUCAGCGGACAGAAGCUUGGCAUCAGUUGAUAGAGUCCUGGCAUCAGCGGAUGAGCAUACGGGUGAAGGAUAUAUCCUAAUAUUCAUUGCCCGUGAAGUCGGAAUCUGUUAGAAAGUCAGACGCCAAAAACAUGUAAGAAUCAACAAGGUUUUGCCUGUUUGUAUUCGGCGCCGCGAUGCAGAAGGGGAUAAGACUAAAUGAUGGCCAUGUCACCUAUCUGGCGCUGCUGGCUAAAAAGGAUGGCACGAGACGAGGGUGCCUGUGUAAAAAAAGCUCCGACAACACAAAAUGGCACGCAAAGUGGUUCGCUUUGCUCCAGAACAUGUUGUUUUAUUUCGAGAACGACUCAAGCUCGCGGCCCUCGGGACUGUACCUGUUGGAGGGUUGUGUUUGCGACAGAGCGCCCUCACCCAAACCACCUGUCUCUGCCAAGGACUGUCUUGAGAAACAGUAUUAUUUCACAGUGACAUUCAACCAUGACAACCAGAAGGCCUUGGAGCUUCGGACAGAGGAUGCAAAAGACUGUGAUGAAUGGCUGGCAGCAAUAACCCAGGCCAGUUACAGGAACCUGGCCACGGAGCAUGAAACCCUCAUGCAGAAGUACCUCCAUCUGCUCCAAAUACUGGAGACCGAGAAAACUGUUGCUAAGCAACUUCGCCAGCAGAUAGAGGAUGGGGAAAUUGAGAUUGAGCGUCUGAAAUCAGAGAUAUCCGGACUCCUGAAGGACAACGAGAAGAUCCACUCCACGCCGGAGGUCCCGGCCAGUGAUGACGACGCAGAACUCAAGAAGAUAAAAAUGGUGCAGAGCUUCCUGCGUGGCUGGAUCUGCAGGAGGAAGUGGAAGAGCAUCAUCCAGGACUACAUCCGGUCGCCUCAUGCUGAGAGCAUGAGGAAGAGGAACCAGGUGGUGUUCAGUAUGUUGGACUCUGAGGCAGAAUAUGUGCAGCAGCUUCACAUCCUGGUCAACAACUUCCUUCGGCCACUACGCAUGGCCGCUAGCUCUAAGAAACCGCCCAUCACACACGAUGAUGUCAGCAGCAUCUUUCUCAACAGCGAGACCAUCAUGUUUCUUCAUCAGAUCUUCUACCAGGGUUUGAAGGCCAGGAUAGCCAGUUGGCCAACACUAGUGUUGGCGGACCUCUUUGACAUCUUAUUGCCCAUGCUAAACAUCUAUCAGGAGUUUGUGAGGAACCAUCAGUACAGUCUGCAGAUUCUGGCCCACUGCAAGCAGAACCGAGACUUUGACAAACUGCUGAAGCAGUAUGAGGCCAAGCCAGACUGUGAAGACAGAACCUUGGAGACAUUUCUGACUUACCCAAUGUUCCAGAUUCCUCGCUACAUUCUGACUCUUCAUGAACUGCUCGCUCACACGCCUCACGAGCAUGUGGAGAGGAACAGCCUGGACUACGCCAAGUCCAAACUAGAAGAGCUGUCCAGGAUCAUGCACGAUGAGGUGAGCGAGACGGAGAACAUCCGGAAGAACCUGGCUAUAGAGAGGAUGAUUGUAGAGGGCUGUGAGGUCCUGCUGGAUACCAGCCAGACCUUCGUCAGGCAAGGCUCUCUGAUCCAGGUUCCUAUAACCGAGAAGGGUAAAAUCACACGAGGCCGCCUGGGCUCUCUUUCUCUGAAGAAGGAAGGAGAGAGGCAGUGCUUCCUGUUCUCCAAACACCUCAUCACCUGCACCCGGGGCUCUGGGGGGAAACUGCACCUUACCAAGAAUGGAGUGGUCUCCCUAAUCGACUGCACUCUGAUGGAGGAGCCAGAGGGAACUGAUGAUGAAUCUAAACCAGACAGACCGCUGGACACAGCUGAGCACCUGGACUUCAAGAUCAUCGUUGAGCCCAAAGACAUUCAGUCCUUCACCAUCAUCCUGGUGGCUUCAUCCAGACAGGAGAAAUCUGCCUGGACUAGUGACAUCAGUCAGUGUAUUGACAACAUUCGCUGUAAUGGCUUGAUGAUGAACGCCUUUGAGGAGAACAGUAAAGUCACUGUACCACAGAUGAUCAAGUCUGAUAGCAGUCUUUACUGUGAUGAUGUGGACAUCCGCUUCAGUAAGAUGAUGAACUCCUGUAAGGUCCUUCAGAUCCGCUACGCCAGUGUGGAGAGGCUCCUGGAACGGCUCACCGACCUCCGCUUCCUGUCUAUUGACUUCCUCAACACCUUUCUGCACUCCUAUCGUGUGUUCACUAGCGCUGAUGUGGUCCUCGACAAGCUCAUCACCAUCUACAAGAAGCCCAUCAGUGCCAUACCUGCCCGUUCCUUGGAGCUGUUCUUUGCCAGUAGCCAGAACAACAAGCUGCUGUAUGGCGAGCCUCCGAAAUCCCCUCGGGCCAGUCGUAAGUUCUCCUCUCCUCCUCCUCUCUCCCUCGCCUCCAAGACCUCCUCCAGCUCCCCCAACCGCCGACGCAAGCUGUCCCUGAACAUCCCCAUCAUAACGGGCGGGAAAGCUCUGGAGCUAGCUGCCCUCACCUGCUCGCCCAGCAGCAUGUCCUCCAUGCCUUCCUACAGUAACACCAGCUCAGACAUCAACAAGCUCUACACGUCCAGCAAGAUCCCAGACCACGCCGACACCAAGGCUGAGGAGACAGCCAGCUGCCAUCCAGAUGGGUCAGUGAAGGAAGAGUGUGAGGUGGAUCCAACCACGACCGAUGAGUUUGAGGAAGAGAUGUCACCACCCAAAUCCCCCACUACACCCAAAAACAUCAAGUCCAAAAAUUCAGAGUUCUCUCUGUUCUCCUUCAACAAUGGCAUGGUGGUGUCUUCCUGUCGAGAGCUGGACAACAACCGCAGCGCCCUGUCUGCAGCCUCUGCCUUUGCCAUAGCAACAGCCGGCGCUAAUGAGGGCACUCCCACCAAGGAGAAAUACCGCCGCAUGUCUCUAGCCUGCACAGGCUUCCCUACCGACCAGAGGAAUGGGGACAAGGAGUUUGUCAUCCGAAGAGCUGCGACCAACAGGGUUCUUAACGUCCUGCGCCACUGGGUGUCAAAACACUCUCAGGACUUUGAGGUGAACACUGAGCUGAAUCAGAAGGUAGUCAGUUUCCUGGAGGAGGUGACUCAUGACCCUGAGCUUUUGACCCAGGAAAGGAAGGCUGCAGCCAACAUUAUCAGAACUCUGACCCAGCUGGACCCAGGGGACAAUCAGAUCAGUCUGCAGGAGGUGUAUCAGAUGACAGAGGACAAUAAAACAGAGCCAUUUGAGAACCAUUCUGCACUGGAAAUAGCUGAGCAACUCACCUUGCUGGACCACCUGGUGUUUAAGAUCAUCCCUUAUGAGGAGUUCUUUGGCCAAGGCUGGAUGAAGAAUGAUAAGAACGAGAGGACUCCUUACAUCAUGAAAACAACCAAGCAUUUUAAUGAUAUCAGUGAUCUGAUCGCCACGGAGAUCCUGCACUGUGAGGACAUAAACAUGCGUGUGGUUGUCAUAGAGAAGUGGGUGGCUGUGGCGGAUAUCUGUCGCUGUCUUCAUAACUACAACGCGGUGCUGGAGAUCACGUCUUCUUUGAAUCGCAGCUCUGUGUUCCGUCUGAAGAAGACCUGGCUCAAGGUGUCCAAGCAGACCAAGGCCGUGAUUGACAAGCUGCAGAAGUUGGUUUCUUCUGAGGGAGGAUUUAAGAACCUAAGAGAGGCUCUGAAGAACUGUGACCCUCCGUGUGUUCCAUACCUGGGCAUGUACCUGACUGACCUGGCCUUCAUCGAAGAGGGAACGCCCAACUACACCGAGGAUAACCUGGUCAACUUCUCCAAGAUGAGGAUGAUUUCUCAUGUCAUCAGAGAGAUACGCCAGUUCCAGCAGACUGCAUACAAAAUAGAUCUACAGCCAAAGGCAGCAGCUUAUCUCCUGGACAGCAGUUCAGUGUGGGGCGAGGAGAGACUCUACGAAGCUUCUCUACAAAUAGAGCCCAAAAUCUCCUCCUGAAGAACAGAGACCAAAACCUCCUGGAAAACAGAGCCCAAAGCAUAUUCCUGAACCAUUAAGCUCAACACAUUUUCCUGAAGAACAGAGCCAAAAAUAUUAAUGAAAAAUAAAUAAUAAAUAAUUAAAUCUCUUACUUAAGAACAGCCAGUAAACAUACAGUAUCUUACUGUAUAAUAGAGCCCAACAUACAGUAUCUUCUAGGGUAAUAGAGCCCAACAUACAGUAUUUUCCUAGAUAAUAGAGCCCAACAUACAGUAUCUUCUAGGGUAAUAUAGCCCAACAUACAGUAUCUUCUAGGGUAAUAGAGCCCAACAUACAGUAUCUUCUAGGGUAAUAGAGCCCAUGAACUAAACCGGAAGUGAUUGUUUACUCAGCUAAAAUAUAUCCUCAUGAAACGUUAUAGGGACUAUAAUAGUCUAUACUAUAUAAUGUAUAUUAACUAUUAUUUACAUUAGAUAACGUUAGAAAGUGUCCCUCUAGUAUUUAUUUUCCCAAAAUUGUGUAUAAUUGUUAUUAGAGAUUGAGUAGAAGCUAAUAGAGCUUUUAUUUAUAUAUUUACAUAUUUAGAACUCUUAAUGUUGUUUGAAUGUGUUGGAAAUAGAUACUGCCCCUUCAUAUGAGUCAUCCUCCCAAGCGCUCUGUAACAUUCUUCCUGUACGAUUCUGCAGAGACAUAUUUAGGACAGACUAAACGUUUUAGCUGUAGGACUGUAGUAAUAUUGUGCUCAUUCUUUAAUAUUUUUGCAGUAUUUAUUCUUUUUUACAAAGCAAAACACCUUGUGGUCAAGUACCAUGUCAACAUGUUUCAAUCCAAACUACAGAGAACCAUGUAUUCUACAGAGAACCAUGUAUUCUACAGAGAACCAUGUAUUCUACAGAGAACCAUGUAUUCUCAGUGGAAUAUGUAAUCAUGCAGGUAUAGAAAUGUAACCUUUUAUUUUAUCAUUUUAUCAGUCAUUUUGAAACUAAGGUGUAUUUUACAGAUGAGCCCUAAAUUACAGGAAUGAAAGAAACAUACACACCCAAUACAAAUCAAAGUUGCAGUUAAGCAUGGUCUUAAAACACAAAUUAGUAAUAUGGACCCCUAACAGUUUCCUGAACUGCCAAGGAGGCUCUGUUUAAACUGAAUUGUGGGAGAUGAGCAUUAAAGCAUGAAUGACAUUUGAAGGCGAAGGUCCUGCAUUAUCGGAGACUGCAUUCAGGGUAACGUUUCAUAUGUCGGCUCAACUGAAAAUAACCACUAAAGGGGAAUGUUGCCUAAAAUUCUGGAACACCGAAGUAAUUCCAUACAUUGAAACUAGUAUUGUGGAGUUUCCCGUCAAUGUGGGACCCAUUCAACUAGUUUCAAUGUAUGGAAUCACUUUGGAAUGUUUGGGUAUUAGGUGACCUAUAUAUGUCGAUUGCGCAAUAAGGCUUCAGCAAUACAGAUUGAAUAGAGCCCCUAGAGGCACUAGCAUAUCCAUCAAUACAUGACGGACCCAUACGUUACCCUGUCCACAGCAAACACACUCAACCCACAUUAUUUUGACCACAGCACAUACACUCAAGCCAUACAUUAUCCUGACCACAGCACACACACUCAACCUAUACAUUACCCUGACCACAGCACACACACUCAACCCAUACAUUAUCUUGACCACAACACAUACACUCAAGCCAUACAUUAACCUGACCAUAGCACACACACUCAACCUAUACAUUAUCUUGAUCACAACACAUACACAAAAACCAUACUUUACCCCAACCACUGAGCACACACUCAACCCAUUCAUUAUUUUGACCACAACACACACUCAAGCCAUUUAUUAUCCUGACCACAGCGCACACACUCAAACUAUACAUUAUCUUGACCACAACACAUACACAAAAAACAUACAUUACCCUGACCACAGCGCGCGCACUCAACCCAUACAUUAUCUUGACCACAACACAUACACACAAACCAUACAUUAUACUGACCACAACAGAUGCAUAUCUCACCCUAUAAAUGAUCCUGAUCACAACAGACACUGCUCAAUAACUAUAUUAUCCUGACCACUGCAGAUACAUGUAUCCGCCAUACAUUAUCCUGACGACAGCGGAUACAUGUAUCAACCCAUACAUUAUCCGGUUCCCAGGACACAUCUCAAUGCAUUCAUUUUCCUGACCAUAACAGAUACAUGUCUCAGCCCAUACAGUAUUCCGACACAACAGAUAUGUCUCAACCUAAUGCAUGAUAAUGUACGAAACAGACAUAUCAAACAUAUCCUAACUAUAUAUGAAGUAUUUCCAGUUUUGUUUAAAACUGUUUGCUUUCCUGAAUCCCUUUUGUUAAUAAAUCUAAUUUAUCUCAGGGGUAACAUUGUCUUCAGCUGAUGCUUUAUAUAGGGGUGUAAAUACUGUGCAUAAUUUAGUGUCCGGCGUAAGUAUUGGAACAGUGACAAUUUCUUUUCUUUUGGCUUCUUACUCCGAAAUGUUGGAUUUGAAAUCCAAAAACGUCUUUUGAGUUAUGGAUCAGUUCAUCUUUUGAGGGUUUUUGUGUAUAUAUUGGCUUCACCAUGUAGUCAUGACAACACUUUAUAUAUAGUCUCCCUAUUUAAGGGCACUAAAAGUACUGGAUCAAAUUUAUAUAAUGUUGAAAUUAAAGGCCAAUUUCACUAUAUUUCUUGAUAAGAGAUGGUUCCUCGUCCCGAAACGUGGUCUAGGACAAAAUAAACAGUAGUGGUUCAAUUCUCUCUGAAUAGCUAUUACAGUUUUUUUAAUGACAUUUCCACAACUUCAUCUAACUUAAGCGACCAAUAGUUGUAAAUGGCACAUGCGUGAGCGUGUCCUGGAAAAAUUAUCUUAAGAUAUACUUUUGUGUGAUAUUGUCACCAUCUGUGGUUGCAAGCACCACAUUUCUUAAUGAGCCCCUGUGUUUGGCAAGUGUUAAGACAACUGGGCUUAAAUAUGUGUAUUCUCUCAAUGUAAAACAAUCCCUUAAAGGGCAUUUGGCCCCAAAAAAAAUAUAUAUUUUAAAAAAUUGUAGUUUAUUUUAGCUUAUACAUAAUAUUACAUUGUAGUAAUUUAGCAAAUGCUCUUAUCUAGAAAAACUUACAGUAGUCAGUACAUUAAACUAUAUUCUAUUUAUGUACAAAUCAAACUCACAACCAUGGCAUUACAAGAGUGAAGCUCUUAUUUAGUGGGCUACACAGAUAAGGUUCGGGGUGAGGUUCAAUCAAAGAUCAGUUUGUAAAAUAGUGAAUUUCUCCUUUAAGCACAUAUGAUAUCUGGUCCAAUAUUCCUAGCAUGCAAUGACUACACCAAGCUUGUGACUGUACAAACUUGUUGGAUGCAUUUGCUGUUUGUUUUGGUUGUUUCAUAUUAUUUUGUUCCCAGUAGAAAUGAAUGGUAAAUAAUGUAUUGUCAUUUGAAUACAACAUGAACACUUCUACAUAAUAACGAUACUUUGAUUAUGGAUAAUCGUGAAUGAGUCGUGAAUUAACAUUUGAAACAUUCAAUAGACCAAAGUAAAAGCUACCACUUCAUGUUAAGGAACAACUUAACUUAUUAAUUGUUGUUCAUAAAAUGAAAGUAACUGAAUUCAACGUUUCAAUGUCAACGUUUAUUGUACAAAAAAGCUUUGUUAAUUUCCAACAUUAGAUUACUGAAAUAUUUAAUAUAAAAAUUGUAUUUACAUUUAUAAUCUAUGGAUUGGUUUAGUAUUUAAUUCUGAUUCCUUUUAGGCAGCACCAACUCUUCCUGUGUUCCAGAGACAAAGUUUCCAUGUGGCUUUCAACAAUGUUGAGGACAUUUUCCAAGAAGGUUGCAAAAACCUUUAAAUGUGAUGAUAGUAAUAUGAAUGACAGCGGUGUGCUUGGGUAAAACGCCCCGUUGAGUAAGACACCCCAUACAACCUCAUUCUUAAAGCUUUGUUUGUUCAUCAUUUUUUACGUAAUUCUAUACAAUUUAUUUUGAGGUAGGUUUUUUUUAUUUUGGAGGCCACGGUACGGAACGGUGUGCAGUUUCUUGGUCACGUAUCGGUGUGUCUUCACUACGGCACAAACAUUUUACUGAAGGUCAGUGUGAAGUUUAUUUUGGAAAACAUGCAACACUAAUCCAGGAAUAUAGAUGCCUGAUCAGGGCACAAACUAGAAUACAUUUCAAUACAUAAACAAGGCACAAACUUUGUUUUAAAAUCAUGUAUUGUGGGAACUACCUUUUUGCUGAAAUAAGACGGCGAGAGAAUUGUAACGUGGCUCGAGCACCUUAGAAAAACUAACUCUCAACAGGUCGAUAUCUGCAGCUAUACACACAUUUCUUUAUUAAGUUCUUCAACUAUAUUACACUGCAGAUGAGGGCUAUUCGAGAGCUAAUUUGUUAAGCCAAGCAAUUAUUUUAAUUUCGGUUACUGCGUCAACAAAGUCUCUCGUUUAACCAUUAAAUCAUUUUUUAAUGUUUUUUUACAGUUCAAUCACAUUAAUUAGAGGCAUUUAACAGCUUAGCUAACUAUUAGAUUUUUUUCAGUGUAUUAGUGUGAAAAUGUACCCACGUAUUUCAUACAUCAUUAUAAUUAACGCAAUUGGGAAUAGCAUUUUAGUACACUUAAUCUCCAAAUGUAUUUGAACACACCAAAUGUAUUUUAAAUAUAUAUUUUAAAUAAAUUAGGAGUAUACUGCAAGCGUACGGAACACAUUCAAUAAAGGUAGUGGGCAGGCAUAGAUUAGUUUGACGGUUUUGAUGUUCAACCGGAAAUGAUGGGUCCAAAUUUCACAAGCACAAUUUAGACAUUCAUUUUUCCUCAUAAGGUGUUACCCAAAAACUUUCGUUUUUUUGUGUCAGCAAUUAGACCUUCACCUUCGGGGGCGUCUUGCCCAAUUUUACUUUACUAUCCAUUAGUAACAAGCAGUAAAAAUGUUGGAUCUCACCCUCAAUUGCAGGCACAAAAAGUCAAAUAAUAUUAGAAAUAUGUUAGGGUUAAACACGGCUGGCAAGUUAGAUUACAGAAGGCCCCUCCGGCUUUCUCCAGAACACAUGUAUCAAUACAGCAUGUGUUCAAGUCCAGCCCACUGCCCUUCCAUAAUAUCCCAUUAUCCCAUAAAUCAUAGAAAUACAUACGUAAAGCUCCACUUUUUCAAUUUGUUGAUACAGUCAAACUGACCUUAUUUACUGUAGACUAAGUUAAUUAUGAAGUUGGAUAAUUAUACAACACAAUGACCAACUUCCUAUUCCAACAGGUCCCAUGUUAAACCUAGAUACUGGAGGAGACAUCCCAUCCUGUCCAAUGUCCCAGAUGCAAAUCCUCUAAUAACAACACCUUUUUAACUUUGAGAUUUGAAAUAAAUAGAAAAUAAAUAUUCUGUAUGUACAUAUGUUAAAUUAAGAUUGAUUAACAAUGGACACAAAGUACUUUGCUGGGCUUCAGUUGAACAGUGUGGGGAAAAAACAGCAGCAAGGCAGUAGCAUGAAGUAAGGGCCUAGGAAGGCUGGGCGCAGUGACUGAUGCUUGGGGCUGGCUGGGGGGUCCAGUGACUGAUGCUCAGAGCUGGCUGGGGGGUCCAGUGACUGAUGCUCAGAGCUGGCUGGGGGGUCCAGUGUUUCAGGCCGGGUCCAGUAGCUGAUGCUCAGUGCUGGCUGGGGGGGUCCAGUGACUGAUGCUCAGAGCUUGUUGAUGAUCCUGUGUUUCAGGCCGGGUCCAGUGACUGGGAGCAGGUGUCUGUAUUUGGGCGUGAUGGUGACGAGGGCAGCGAUGCUGUAUGGGUCCGAGACCAUGAGCCGAUGCAACACUGAGCCCUCAUCCAGAAGCUUCUCCAGGCUCUGGCUGUUGGAAGCUGGUGCCAACAAUGGGGUCUCAGGACAGAGUUUGGACUGAGCUAAGCAGAUGCCCUCUCGUAUGGGGUGGGUCAGACAGGAGACCAGAAGUUGUUCCCAACAAAAUCAUGAACUGAUGUAUAUACAUUUACCAUUAAUGAAUGAAGAAUUAUACACUUAAGGGCAUAAUAAAAUACACAUUCACCCAA